AUGAGUACAACAACGCAUGAACUGAAAUUAUCAGUACCAAUCAAUCCAAUGUCUACCACAACGGCAACUUCAACCGCCACUAGUUCAGGGUCAAUAUUACCUCCUCCUCCCACCACAAAUAAUAACAAUAAUAGUUCUUAUGGUAUAGUGCCACCACCUUUGACUGCCACUUCAUUAUUGAAUACAUCAACCCCUCCAACCAAUGAAUUACCUCCUAUGAUCCCUCAUUCAAACUCAAAUGAUAGCAUAAAUUCAAUCAAUAAUAAUAAUACUAAUAAUAAUACCCCAACGAAUAACGACUCUAAUGAAUUAUCAAAUAAUCCUCCUCGUAAGAGGUCUAAAGUAUCACGAGCUUGUGAUGCUUGUAGAAGGAAGAAAGUAAGAUGUAAUGCUGAAUAUAGUUCAACUUUACAAAAAGUUACUAAGGUUUGUAAUAACUGUAUUAAAAAUAGUGAAAAUUGUUCAUUUUCAAGAGUUCCUUUGAAGAGAGGUCCUUCAAAGGGUUAUAUAAGAGAUUUAGAAGAAAAAUUGGAUAAAUCAACUUCUUCAAAUCCUUCUUCAAUGUCAGGUGCAACCACUUCCAUCCAAAUUCAAAAUACUGUCAUACCAAUAACUUCAUCAACUUCAAUACAUCAUCAACCUUUACCAUUCCCUCAAGGUCAUUGGAAAUCUAAUAGUACUUCAAAUAAUACAUCAUCGCCUAUUUCCAAUGGACAUAAUAACAACAACAAUAGUAAUGGACACUCUCCAAGUAUAAAUGGUAAUUCAUCAACUAUAAUAUUACCUCCAAUAGUAGGAUAUCAAUCAAAAAUGUUACCAUCGGCAGUACUGAAAUUAUCCACUAAUACUUCAAAUACGGUAACCCCAACAAGCACCAGCAAUCCAUCAAGUCCAAGAAGUCAUUCUAUUAAUGGUUUAUUAAACAAUACCCCCAGUUCCAACCCUAUAACUACCGCAAAUAUUACUGCCAACAAUAAUAAUAAUUCAUCAACUGAUCUUUCAAAUACAAAAAAUUCAAGUCCUCCAAUUCAAGGUCCUUUCUGGAAAGUACCUUAUGAAAUGCCACAAUCAAGAAGUAGAAGGUCAUCAGUGACUAUGAAUGAUUCAUCAUCAAAUUCAGAUAGUGUGUCUAAUGAUCCUAAUAAUAAUCAUCAAUCUCAUCAUCAUCGUAGAAGAUCAUCCAUCGAUUCAAUUUCUUCUACUUCUACCAAUGGUUCAAGAUUACCAUCUUUAAAACCAAGUAUUUCUGUGAAUAGUGACGUUAUAUCUGAUAGUGAUGCUGAAGAUUUCUAUUCUAUUAAAUCAUCAUCAUUCUCAUUGGCAGGUAAUCAUAAUAGAACUCCAUCCAUUAAUAAUUUGACUAGAUCAAGAAAGAACUCUCAAAGUUUAUCACCCAGAAAUUCAGUUAGUUCAUUAUCAAGUUUAAGUGGUAGAAUGAAUAAAGCCUUGCAUAUUCAAAGUAAUAAUAGUUCAACUCCAACAAGUUUAAUACCGUCACCGGUUGUUGCUCCUUCAUUAAUUCCUGCUCAUCUCCAACUGGCUCAACAACAACAACAACAACAACAACAAGGUCCUCCACCUCCAGGAAGUCAACCAGCAGCAUACCCAUUUCCAUCUUAUGCCUUUGGCAGUUCAACCACGGCUGGUCCACAACCAAUUCUUUCCCAUCCUCAUCCUCAAUUUGCUUUUCCAACCAUUGCUCAAGUCCCUACUCAAAUGUCUUCAUCAACUCCAACUUCAUUCUAUCAACCUACACAAUAUUCAAAAGCUCCUUUAAAUAAUAUCGAUACCAACUUGAGACUCUACUAUAAUCAUUUCCAUUCAUCAUUCCCUAUCUUACCAUUUAAUCAGAAUUAUAUUUUUUCAAUGUUGGAGAAAUUCGAUGAUCAAAGUUCGAGAAUCUUAGUAGAUUUAUUUAAUCAAGCUUUGAAUAAUUUGAAUAAUUUUAAACAAAUCACCAUUAAUGAUAACAUAUCCAUCUUAAGUAGAAUCUUAUCAUUAUAUCCAUUUAAUAACUUUGGUAUUAAAGUAUCUGACACGUCUUUGAUCUUAUUUUUUUCAUCAUUGUUGAUUCUCAAUUAUACGAUUUUAUUGAAUGGAGAUAUUUAUUCAUUGGGUAUUUCAUUAACUAGUACCAUAUUUAAUGAUUUCAAAGUGUUGGAGAAUUUUAUUGACUUUGUGAAUGAAAAUCAUGCCAAUGUAAGUAAACUCACCAUAGAUGAUUAUGAUAAUAUUAAGUUAUUGUUACCAAAGUUAUAUUUCACUUUGAAUAUUAUUGAUAAUUUAUAUUCUAUUAGUUUUGGAAUUCAAAAAACCAUCAAUAAUAAUGAAUUGAUCAAAUUUCUUUCCCAACAUAGUGAAUUUUUAUUUCCUCAACAUGAUUUAAACGAUUAUAAUUUCAAAUCUGGUUUAUUGAUGUUUAAAAAUUCAAUUAUGCUCAAUGAUCUCAUUUUGAUAAGAGAAAAAUUCAUCCUCAACAAAAACAAGCACGGUGAAAAUAUUGUUCCUAUAAAUUGGCAAGUAAACAAUAGCAGCAAUAAUUCCAGCACCAAUGGCAAUGGAAAUGGUAAUACUAAUGGCAACGGUAAUGGUAAUGGUUCUAGUGGUUCAUUUGUAGCUAAUGAUGAUUUUUCCAAUUAUUUCAUUAGUUUGAUCAAUGAGAAAUUUGAAUUGAUUGUAUAUUUAUUAGAAAUUAAUCAAUUUUUAAGCAAUUCAAAUAAUCAUGAUAAUGAAGAAGUAUUUGAGAAUUUAAUUGAUUAUAACUUAAAAUUAAUUCGAUUAAUUAAAAAAUUAUCCAAUUCAAUUAUAACCUUUGCAAAUUUUAUAAGUACCUCCACUCAAAAUAAUCAUGGGUCAUCAUCAACUAAUUCACCUGGAAAUGGUACUCCAUCAGGUUUGAUGAUAGCAACCAAUUCAACUCAUUCACCUAAUUCACCAUUAGAUCCUCGUGAACCACUUUUGAUCAAUCCUUUAUUGAAUAUCACUAUUGGACAAUUGUUUAAGUUGAUUAAAUUGAAUAAACUUAUCAUUGAUAGUUUAAUCUCCUUGAUUCAAUCUGCGAACUCGUCAUCAUCUUACAAAUCAUCAUUGCCAGUCGCUAAUACUUCACCUAACUCGUCAAUGAUGAGUCAAAGUAAUAGUGCUGCCAACAUCAAUAAUCUCACUGGCAAAUCUUCAUCCAUUAUCCAAGGUACAGGUGGUGAUAUCGUUAACAGAUGUAUCAAGAUUAAUAAUGAUUUAUCGAUUUCAUUCAAUUUGUUGCAUUUGAAUUUGGUUAAUUUACAAUUGGGUUCCAUUUCAAUCAAUUUAAUCAGAAAUAAAAUCAGUAACUAUAAAUUCAACUUCAACCUUAGUUCAUUUUUAAACAAUAAUGGAAAUGGUGAUCUUAAACAAGCUUUGAAUUCAUGGUCUCUGGAAUUCUCCAAUAAUAUUUUACCAUUCAUUGAACGGGAAAACAUUGAUGGUUGGUAUUAA